AUGCAUGAAACCGUUAUCUCUAGAUUAAACAGUGGUUUAAAACUUGAGAUAGCAGUUUGCAUGUAUUCGUUCUAUAGAGAAUUAACAAGUUUUGCCAAAUGGUCUAAAAAAUUAGCGCCAACUUAUGAUGAUUAUACAAAGUGUUAUACCUUUUUAUUUGAAGACACUUAUGACAUAAAUAGAUCUAUCUAUGAAGAAGAUAUCGACAUUGCAGUAUUGGUAGAAAGGAGUGAAGGUGUAUCAAUUCCGAUUAGAUUUGGAGCUAGAUUUGAUCUUUUUAAUUUACCAGAAUUUGUAAAUAAUAAUAUAUGUAAAUAUGAGUUCGAUAAUCGAAAUAAUAUUUAUCUCAAAUUGGAGAUAAAAGUUGGUGGAAAUGGUCAAAGCAUUAAUCGUGUGAGCACUUAUAGUCUUACCAUUUUAGCCUGGAAACUUUAUUAUAUUUUAGAUUGUCUUAAAGUUGAUUGGGAUUUCAAUAUUAUAUGGGAUAUUAUAUAA